CUUCUGAUCUGGCUUUGCGGUUAGGAGUCAGGUGGAACUCACCCCGUGGGAGAACUGGAUAAAACUUCGUAUUCAUCCACGGGAAGUUGUUUUUUUCUCUCCCUUGCAUCGUUGAUGCUUUUAUUAAAGAAAGAAGGAAUUUGACAAACCGUCAAGUCGAAAUGAAGAGUCUCAAGUAUCGUCUGAAAAAGCACGAAGUUAACAUCAAUAACACAGACUGGAACAAGCAUGAUGAUCGGCUGAUGAAGGCAGUGGAACGAGGGGAAGUGGACAAGGCGGCUGCUGUCCUGAGCAAGAAGGGUAUCAUCCCAACCAAGCUCGAUGUGGAGGGACGCUCUGCGUUUCAUCUGGCUUCAACACGAGGACACUUGGACUGUCUCAAUCUCAUCUUGGCACACGGUGCUGAUAUCACUGCAACUGAUGCCACUGGUAAAAACGCUCUUCAUCUGGCUUCAAGAAAUGGCCAUUCGCUGUGUGUGCAAAAACUCCUGCAGCAUAACUGUCCAGUUGGGAAUGUGGACCUUCAAGGAAGAACAGCUCUGCAUGAUGCUGUCAUGGCAGGCUGCUCAUCCAGUGUGAAACUUCUCUGCGACAGUGGCGCUUCUGUCAAUGCCAGUGAUUUUGAUGGCAGGACUCCUCUGGUGCUUGCAACCCAAAUGUGUCAUCCACGCAUCUGUCAACUCCUUGUCGAACGAGGGGCUGAUAUCGCUAUGCGAGACAAACAAAAAAAAACAGCACUCAUUCUGGGUUGUGAGUAUAGCUGCAAAGACGCAGUGGAGGUGUUGUUGAAGAGUGGUGCUGAUGUGAAGGACGUGGAUAGCUUGGGUCAUGAUGCGUUCCACUACGCUCGCCUCAGCAAGAAUCCAGAGCUUGUUACUUUGGUCAAAGGCUACCUCGAGAGAGCCAACAAAGGAAGAGAGGCAGCAAAAGUAGAACAAUGGAGGAGACAGCAGUCAGUGACAGACACCAUGGAGGCUAACAAAAAGGAUCAUAUUAUACACGACCUGGAGAGGCUGAAUGAGUCCCUGCAGGAAAGUCUCAGGAAGUCACAAUUGGAGCAGAGGGCCUUGUUUGAUAAGGUCAACCUGUUACAACAACAGCUCACACAGGAAAAGAAGACAGUAGAAGACACUCACAAAGAGAAGGAGCAAUUAAAGGCGUUACUUAAUGCCAACGAACCAGAAGGGUCACGAGGCUUGGAGACUGUCAAGGUCCAGCUCAAAAGCACCAUGGGGGAUUACUCUGGACAGUCAGUGAUCAAAGGAAAAGAGAACAUUUUGGUCAAGCAAGCUUAUAGCCUGGAUUUGGAUCAGCAGAAACUCCAGAUACCAGCAACGUCACGUUCACUGUGUAGACCACUAGAGAAAGGUCUUUCUGGUGAGCGCGAUCUUCUCCGACAUGAGCUUGAGAUGCUAAAAAGGAAACAGCAAACAACCGAGGAGGAAAGGAUGCGACUUCACGCGGCUCUGAGCCGAAAAAAUCGAGAGUACCAAGAACUCGUUCAGAACACCGAUCUCAUCAAGAGACAAGGUGACCAGCAAGUCAAAGAACUCGAGGAUGCCUUGGGGGAUGUCCAGAAGAGGAUGCUUGAUUCGGAAUGCAAGGUUAAGCAACUGCAGGCCCAUGUGGUUGCAGUGAAGGAACACUUGGGAGGCCAGGCCACAGAAGAGCUUCGUGCUCAGCUUCAGGAUGUCAAAACCAAGUAUGAAGGCGCUUCGGCUGAAGUGGGUCGUGUUCGGAAUCGUCUUAUACAGAGUGAGAAGGCAUUGGAAGAGUACAAGAACAGUGAAAGCCAGCUGGCAACUGAAGCCGAACGGUUAAACGAACAGCUCGAAGUUGUGACUGCAGAGAGAGAUGAACUUUCAGAAACUGUCCUCACCAUGGAGACCCAGUUGAAGGGAGCUCAAUCCAAGCAGAGCAACAUGGUGCCGGCCGAGAAAUUUGACAACAUGAAAAACCUACUGACCAAUGCAGUAGAUGAAAAGGAACGACAGCUUGCUGAGCUGAGAGACGACUAUGAUCGUGUCCUCGAGGAGGUGGCGGAGCUCCAUCGGAAGUUGGAUCAUCCGACCCAGGGGGGAGCAGGGGCGGUGCCCACUGAGGAGCAACAAAGGAUUCAGGCUGCCCUGGAAGAGCAGAAUAUCUCGCUGAAGAGAAAGCUACAUGAUGUAACGGCAAAAAGCCAGGCACUUAUUCACGAGAUGGAGGAGAGUGAGGAAGAGCGGGAGAUACUGCAAGAGAAGCUGGAGGAGCUGAAUUGCAGGCUUGAGGUGGACUUCAUCCCCAUGAAGGAACACGAUGAAGCUCGCAUGAGGAUGGCAUCCGCUGUGGAGGAGCUGGAGGACAAACUUGUGGAAGCCAGUGAACGUUUUGGCAAAGCAGAGGCCCAAGUCCAACUGCUUCACACCGAGAGCUUGAUGCUCCAGGAGAAUAUUAACAAUCUGCAAAGUACCAAUGAGAAACGGGAGAGUGAAAUAGAAGCCCUGAAGACUCACAAUGCCGAACUGAUGAGAAAAUUUGAACGAUUACAGACGAGCUGCGACGACAGAGACAAGCAGUGUGAACAGCUGACAGCACAGAGCCGGACUUUGAAACAGAGCCUAGAGGGAGACUAUGUGCCGAGACGACAGCAUGAGCAACUGAGGAUAGAACUAACCGCUACUCUCGAGAGUGUCAAGGCUGAGAAUUUAAGUUUGGAGUCCGCAGGGAAAGAAUGUAGAGAGGAAUUAAAGAAUGUGAAAGAAGGAAACGCCAAGUUACAGGAAAAGUUGGAAAAGGUUCUGUUAGAGAUGAAAACCGACUACGUGAGCGUGAAAGAUCACAGGAAUAUCACAGAAAAGCUGGGUGAUGCUGUUGUACUGGCAGAGAAUAGAGCAAGCCAACUGUCAGACACACACGUGCUGGCCCAGGAGGACAAUGUGAAGCUGACGGAAGAAUUGCAAGCUCAAAAGAAAGAACUCGACACUCUCAUGGAGGCUAUUCAGUCCAAGUUUGUCCCACUGGCAGCCGUUGAGGACAAAGAAAACUCGUACAACACCCAAAUCAAGGAGUUGAAGGCCAAACUGUUGGAAAUGGAGGAGAAGUACAACAGAGAGAAGUCUGAAAGAGAGAAUAACAAACUGGAGAAAGACAAACUGAAAGUUGAGAUUGAAUCUGUUCAACAAAAACUUGACACUGCUCUUGUCACCGAUGAGAAGCGCAAGGGAUACGAGGUAGAGUUCAAGGGUCGCUACGAGGCAGUGUCUCUCAAGUUAACCAGUCUGGAAGAAAAGCACAAUGAGGUAAAUCGUCAAAAGGCUGAGCUUGAAGACCAGAACGCCCUGUGCAACACUCAAAUCCAGAAUCUUCAGGACCGUCUCAAAUCGGAGCUAACACGGAUCGCAACCUAUGACACUGAGCUGAAGGCCCUUCAUGACGCCAUGCAGCAUGCCCAAGCCGGUUGCAAGAAAGCACGAGAGGCUCAGCAGCUGGAGGCCCAGAAGGUUUGCGCUCUGCAGAAGGAAAUUCAGGAACUCCACAGAGAACAGGCUUCUCUGUUGCAGGAGCACAGCAAGGCCAAUGAAGCCCUGGCGACUGAAGUCUCGACGCUUCGAAUAGCGCUCCGAGAAGAGGAGGAGAACAGCGGCCAGAGGGGCGAGGACGUUUCAGCCCUACAAUCUGAACUUCUUCAAGCCACUCAAGCUCUCGAAGAGCUUCGCUUCAAAGAAGAACAUAUGACCCAAAUGAAGAAAGAGAAACAGCAUUUGGAGGAGGAAGCUACCAACUUGACCAACAAGCUGUUGAGUUUAACAGAAGAAUGUAAAGCGGUCCACCGGGAGGCAACUCAAGCAAGGGAGGGCGAAAGCAAGGCCAAGAGGGAGUUGGAUGCUGUUCGUGAGAAGGGACAGGCCAUUGAACGAGAAAUUAGGGAGCUGAAAGAACGAUAUGAUGAGUCACUCAGCACCAUUGGCGAUCUUCAGAGAAGGAUUCAGACAUCAUCUCAGCUGACCGAAGCCAAAGACAAGAAGAUCACAGAGUUGCUGAUGGACGUGGAGCGGCUGAAGCAAGCACUGAAUGGUUUGUCCCAGCUGGCCUACACGAGCAACGCCCCUAACAAAAGGCAAAUGCAGCUCAUCGACACCCUCCAAGCCCAGAUCAAGAACCUACAGCAACAGCUGGCUGAUGCUGAGAGACAACACCGAGAGGUGGUUUCCAUUUAUCGAACACACCUCCUCAGUGCAGCGCAGGGCCACAUGGACGAGGACGUCCAAGCUGCCUUGCUACAGAUCAUCCGCAUGAGACAGGAGUUUGUGUGUUAAAGCUUUCUUCAGUGUAAUGUUAUGCUCCCGCCCGCAGACUCAAAUUCAACAUUCUCACACUUCCACGACACCGCCAUGCUUCACACUGCAUUAUGUCACACAGAUGAUAGCUCUUCAAAUGGACUGUUAUUGAAUCCCAUUUCAUGUCAAGUAUAGCUAUUGGCACAUUGGCUUCCAAGUAAACCUGAUUGUGAUUUCAUCAGAGGGCAAAAGGGUGUGCUUACAUAUUGUGUUAUUCAGGAGAUAACCAGUACAACAAUAUCACGACCGAAAAUCUCAAGUCUCAGCGCCAAAUCCAGAUACCGUUUUAGUACCAAGGCUGACAUGUGCCAAGGGGGCUUCUAGAAAUUAGAAACUAACAGUAGAAAAAAUGGAAGCUAGGCUAACUUGGGGUAUUUGAUAAUCAUGAUUGCAGUCUCUUCCAGUCGUUUUUGUUGUGGUAAAAACAAGCAAUUGCUUCUCUAUGAGUUUCUACUGCUGGACAAUAUCGGUGCCAUUGAAAUGUUGAACAGAUUUGGGAUUGUUGGCCCUGCCCAUUGUUAUCUUGACCAUUGUUUGUCAGUCAAUUGGACUUUUACUUAUUAUUUUACUUUAAUAAUUUUACUUUUACUACCAAUAUUGUAGAGGGUAUCAUCUGGCAAUUAUAGUGGUUCGUUGUUGUGGAUAAUGUUAGAUUUGAGUCACGUCGGUUUGUGUGUGUGUGCGCGUGUGUGUGUGUGUGUAUGUGUGUGAGUGUGUGUAUGAGAAAUGGAUUCUUUUGCUGUGUAGUUAUUGCGGUGGCUGCCAGGGAUGAGAAUUUUCCGCGGAUCCGCGGAUUUCCGGGAUUUUUCCGUCGAAAGUAUCAUUUUCGUCAAUCGUGUAAAUCCAUUGAGAUUUUUUUUUUUUAUAUAUAUAUGGGGAGGGCGAGGGUCAGCUGGCCGGGCAACGUUAACCUCGGCGACUCACCCGCCCGCCGACAGCAUCAUACCCCCCCCCCCCCCCCCGACCCCCGGUUGGCCCCCACAGACCCCUGGCUACUUUUCAGUGUUUUUUUUACACUCGCCAUUCUCAUCCCUGGGCUGAUUAUCUCCUUGUUGAAACCUGAGUGCCCUCUAGCGGUCAGACUUGGCAGGCCAAGUUAAUAAAAUGUUAACUUCUGUGUGUGGGAGGUGGACACACUUUCGUCUUUGGGAGCUGCUUAUAUAAGAAACAUUGAAAAGUUGUCCAUAAGAAAAUGGAAAUUGAAAACUCCGGCAGCUCCCCAGGACAACGGCUGCAGCGCCUUCCUCCCCCGAAGCGGCCGCGUGUGUCCCCUGAGGGUGUAGUGUUUUUUGUUUUUCAUGAUUGAGCGAGUCUCUUGUGCCUUUUCACUGACUUUUUCAAUGCUUUGUACUAUUUUAAUGACUCUACUAAAGUGUGACAGUUGCAACGUUCAGCAGGUCUGGAAGUAGAAAGGCACAACUCAGAUGUUACUUACCGUAUAGGAUGAUUUUCAAAUAGAAUCAAACAAAAUCCAUUAAGAUAUGGUUAGUCAACCUCCUAAAAAUGUGUUAUUUGAAGCACUCCUGUCUUUUCCUGUGAGCCUAACCCUCUUAAACUCUGUUUUUAUACUUUGGCCUGAUUUCUUCAGAUCUUUAGGAUAGACUUUUAGUCCCUCAAGCUUCAACCAAGACUAUGUAAAGCAGAUAAUACAAAUAUUUGUGUUUGUGAGUCAUUAAGACUAUAAUUAAUAAAAGUGCCUAACAUAGCAA